AUGCCGGUUUCCGAAAACAGCAAAUAAGUAGAUCUGCCAACACUGGCUAAUUUGGGAUUCUAAGAAAGCUAAUAAGAAAAUGUUUAGACUAACUAAUAUAAUAAAGUCCAUCCUGAGAGCUUGAAAGAUAUUGAUGACACAGAUAAUAUCGAGAAGUAAAAUGUUAAAGAAAUAUCUAACUUUAAGGGAAAAACUCCAUCUUGGAGAAGUUGGAUUGCUGGUGUUAACUCAAUGAUGGGCUCCACAAUCGUAGUUUUACCAGUAAUACUUUAAAAGAAUGGAAUUCUUACUUGCUUGAUAACUAUGAUUGUUUUGGUUGUUUUUCUCUAUAAAACAUGUUCGUUUUAUAUCACUUACAGACUUCCUUCAGAAUAAAAAAUUUGCUAAACUAUUGAAAGAAUUCUAGGAUAUAAAUGGAAACUUGUUUUUAAUGUUUGUAAUUCUAUUUUCCUUUUCUUGAUAUAAAUUAUUUGUUUCUUGCUCUUAGUUUCUUUCCUAUAUCCUUGUCUUAAAGUCUUAUUAGAAGACGGAUUCGGUUUAUCUGUCGCUGAAAGAGAAGAGUCGACUUACUCAAAAUUUUCAUUUUAAUGGCUCUCUAUCAUUACGACAUUUUUUAUGUUCGCUUUAUUAGCAAAAAGAGAUCUAUCUGGUAUUAUGAAAAUCACUCAAUUUGGUCUAGUUACAGUCGUAUUCGUUGUUAUUUAUGUAUUUGUCAGAUUUGGACAAUAAGAAAUGUCAGAAAUCAACCUUGAAAACACUCCUUUGUUCACAAGCAAUGUGUUAGAUAUUGUUGGAAUAUUUAUACUGAGUUUGUAAAUUCACUCUGUCAUUGUUCCUGUCUUGAAAGAUAAUAAAGAUUAAUCAAAAACAAAUAGAGACCUUUCAAUAAUUUAUAUAAUUUCAUUUACUGUUUAUUGUCUCAUUGCAUUCUUUGGUGUGUUUGCUAUUUCUGGGAAAAAGCCAUAAAAAGGAUAUCCAGGAGAUACCAUUCUUGAGUAUUACAGUGAUAGUGACCCUCUAAAUAUUUGCAUAAGAUUAGGGUUGUGCGUUUAUUUAUUUGGAAUUUAUCCAAUCAACGUUUAUUCUUCUAGAGUUAGUUUCUUUUCUAUUAUUUUCAAAGAAUCUUCAAAUACAAAUUAAGUUCCUUAAGAACCAUCUUAUAAAAUGCAUCUUCUUUCUAACGUAGCCUUUUGCGGAUCUUCAUUAUUAGCUGGUUUAUUCUCACUAAAUUUAGAUCUCGUCAUGUCAUUAUCAGGUUAUACAGUUAGUUUCUUUACAGUAAUUUUAAUACCAAUACUCAUCAGAAUUAAAGUUGCUUAAAAUGCAAAAAUUCAAUCCAUAAAGAAGGUAGAAACAGAACCAGGCCUAAAAGAUAAUAACUCCCAAAACUAAGAAAACAAAUUAUGA